AUGAGCAGCUCUACUAGACGAAAGUUAAAAUCUGCAAUAAUUUGUGAACGUACACUUGAUGAUACGAGCGAGGAAUCUUCUGCUCGUACUAGACCUUUAAGCUAUGACGAAAUAAUGCUUAAAAGAAAAAGUAAGAAGGAAGUUGAAGGUUCUGUUGAAGAAGCACAGGAUGCAGAAACUAGUAGACAUGAUGAAACUGUCAGGAACCCUGAGCAUCGGACUAGGGAUACAAAUGGUGCUUCCAUGAAAAAUUCACGAGAUUCUCAACGGAAAGCCAGCCCUAAAAGGGUGGAAAAGGGUUAUAGGAAGGAACAUACUCAUAUUACAAGUGAUUCACGAGAUUAUCAACGGGAAGCCAGCCCCAAAAAGGUAGAUAAGAGUUCCAGGAUGGAACAUACUCAUAUUAAAAGGGAUUCACGAGGUUCUCAACGUGAAUCUAGCCCUAGAAAGGUGGAAAAGAGUUAUAGGACGGAACGUACUCAUAUUAAAAGUGAUUCACGAGAUUAUCAACGGGAAGCCAGCCCUAGAAAGGUGGAAAAGAGUUCUAGGAAAGAACAUACUCAUGUUAAAAGUGAUCCACGAGAUUAUCAACGGGAAGCCUGCCCUAGAAAGAAGGCGGAUAAGAGUUCCAGGACGGAACAUACUCAUGUUAAAAGUGAUCCACAAGAUUCUCAACGGGAAGGCAGCCCCAGAAAGAAGGUGGAAAAGAGUUCCAAGACUGAACAUGCUGAUAUUAAAAGCGAUCCACGGAAUUCUCAACUGGAAGCCAGCCCCAGAAAGGUGGAAAAGAGUUCUAGGACAGAACGUACUCAUAGUAAAAGUGAGAACAAAGAGAGGCGUGAUGUGGAGUGUAGGUCAAAACCCAAACAUGACAAUGAUGCAAGUAAUGCUACUGAAUCUAAAACUGACAGGCAAGGCGGCAUGAGAAGCAAAAUAGAGGAACGUUCUAGAAGUGAUGCUAGGUAUACUAAUGAAAACAAGCAUCAUAGAGAUUCUGUUGCUCAGGAUAGAUACGUUGAAAGAAAUGGAGGAGCAUCUGAAAGAGAAAACAAAAGAAGAGAUAGAAGCGGAGAUGAUGAGAAACAUAGAAUGGGAGAUGCUGUCAAAAGACAUGACAGUGGAAGUAGGCGCAACUCUGAGAUUUCAGAGAGAAAGGAGAAUAUGGAGCUCUCACACUCACGCCAUGAUGAAACUAGAUCCAAAAGAAGGCGAUCUAGAAGUCAGGAGCGUACAAAGGACAAGGCUAGGAGAUCAACCUCAUCCUCACCUAAGGCUCAAAAAACUGUGUUAGUAGGUCAUGUGCUUGACCAUGGUGAUACUUCUACACAUUCUGAAAGAGAUAGGUCUAGACGCCAUUCUGAUGUUGACCGGAGCAAGAUGUCCAGUGAUGGUUCUAGCAGCCAUUAUCGCCGACAAGGCUCUUCUAGUGGGCUUGGGGGCUAUUCACCUAGGAAGAGAAAAAGUGAAGCUGCUGUUAAGACUCCUUCACCUAUUCAUUCACCUGAAAGAAAAAGCGCCGGGUGGGAUCUUCCACAUUUUGCAGCAGAUAAAAAUCUUAGUACUUCUGUUCCUUCUGGGACACAGCUAGUUUCACAAACCAAGCCUUCAAAUAUGAUUGAGUUAGCAGCUGGUUUUUCAGUUGCUUCAAGUAUGGGAAAGCCCACAUCUGCAAUCUUCUCCAACAGUCUGUCUGCAUUUAAGCAGGCCACAAUUGACUCCGUUCAACUAACUCAAGCUACCAGACCUAUGAGGAGGCUCUACAUUGAUAAUAUACCUGGUUCAGCCACUGAGAAAGAUAUCAUGGAAUGUUUCAAUUCUUUUCUGCUCUCUUCUGGUUCUAAUUAUAUUCGAGGCACACGACCUUGUAUUAGCUGCAUGAUUCACAAGGAAAAGGGGCAAGCUUUAGUGGAGUUCCUUACUCCUGAAGAUGCCUCUGCAGCGCUGUCUUUUGAUGGCAGAUCUCUCUCUGGAAGCAUACUCAAAAUCAGACGUCCUAAAGAUUUUGUUGAAGUGCCAAGUGGAUCUUCAGAGAGACUAAAGGCGGGAGCCGUUUCGAAUAGAGGCGACGAUUCAGUCCGUGAAGUUUCUAUUACCGCCAUAAGUGAUUUUGUUGAAGAUUCCUCACACAAGAUCUUUGUUGGUGGUAUUGCUGAAGGGCUUUCUUCUGAAAUGAUUGUGGAGAUUGUUAGUGCCUUUGGAACAUUGAAGGCAUACCAUUUUGAAGUCAAUGAGGACCUCAAAGAACCAUGCGCUUUCUUAGAGUAUGCAGAUCAGUCUGUAACAUUGAAUGCUUGCGCCAGCCUGAAUGGCAUGAGGUUAGGCGGGAGAGUUCUGACAGUAGCCCAAGCUGUUCCAAAUACACAAUCAGUGGAAAGUUCUAGAAUCUCCCCAUUUUAUGGAAUUCCUGAGCAUGUGAAACCACUUCUUGAGAUGCCAACACAGGUGCUCAAGCUUAGCAAUGUGCUUGAUCAGAAGACCAUGGAUUCAAUCUCAGAGACAGACUUGGAAGAAAUCGUAGAAGAUGUACGAUUAGAAUGUUCCAGGUUUGGCUCUGUUGUGUCCAUUAAUGUUGUAAAAGGUGGCAAGACACAUGCUUCCAUUUCAGAAGCAAAAGAAGUCACCUAUGAUGUGAAUACUAUUCAGCCUCCAGAACAAAUAAUUCACCAGUUGGAUAUGAAUCCAGUAGAAGUUGCUGCGGAUCAUUAUGACAGAGAUGGUAGUAACGUGGAACCUCCAACCGAUGUGAAAGAAUUUGAUGCAAUAGGUGGUGUUGAAAGUGAUAAGCAUGAACUAGUCCCUGCAACUACGGAUUUUGAAAUAGGAGCUGCUGGAACAAGCAUUUUUGAGGAAUCAGAAGAAGCUGACAAAAUUUCGCCUCAAAAUGCUGACGACGAGGCUGCUGUGAUUGAUGAUUCAGCUAUUGACGAUAUGGCUAGAGUAAAUGAUUCUGAGGAGAACCGUCAGGAAGUUUCCAUUCAGGAUAGUGGUGUAUCUUCUGAUUUGAAUCCUAAUGGGAGUAUGGGUAUUGAGAAGUCAGGCGAUGGUGACACUGUGCAUGCUGAAGAUGUGCCAGAGUUGGACAAAAACAAUGACACGAUACAGGAGGUUGUACCCUUGCCUACCAAUUUAGGAUCUAGUGAAGAAGGUAUAAAGGAUGAAGAUUCUUAUGAUAGAGGUAACAUAUUUGAGGUUGGUUGUGUGUUGGUGGAGUUUAGGAGGCCGGAAGCUUCAUGUAUGGCUGCACAUUGUUUGCAUGGGCGUGCUUUUGAUGACCGUAUUGUGACAGUGGAAUAUGCAUCAUUGAAGGCCUAUCGAGAAAGGUUUCCAAAAUGAAAAAGGCUUAAAUUUUCAUAUCUGCAUGUGGAGAUUAUAUUUGAAAUUCUGAGGUUUCUGACAUCUGUUCUGUUUCUCAGCAUGCAGUAUGGUUCAGGCCCUUCAGGAAUCCAUUUCGAAACCCCCCUGUACUUAUCAUUUCAAAAUGGUUUUUAUGGAACCACCAACCCCCGUUAAAGAACUUAUUACGAAAUUUUUAUGUUAUGAACAUAACGGGGUUUUUUGGGGACUGACGGCCAUUAAUCCCGUUAUAACAAGCAUCUAUGUUUCAACAAUGUGCUGAUAUAGAAUUUGUCAAUGCUGUUAAUUACCUGCUUACUCGAGUUGUAUGCCAAACACUCGAGUUACUGGUUCUCUCGAAUACAAGUACAGUACUAGUUAUGAGUUUAGUUGUAAUGAUAGCUGAGUAGUGCUUUCCCUUG